CGUGUAUCGUGUAUCCACCGCCGCUGGGCCCCAAAUCAACGGUCUUAGCGUCCGGGCGUUCUGUAAUAGCGGUCAUACAAGCCUUUAUGCGCCUGUAUCUUAUCUUCCCGAACACUUCGGAGCGAGACCUAUCUGCGGUGUAUAAGAGGUGCCCGGUGCACUGCAUUGCACGCUGUUCCGCCUCCUCUUCGAAGGUCACAUAGUCGUCGACAUGGCCGAGUCAAGAAGUUCAGGAAGCACGAAGGAACGAUUCCUCAAGUUCAUAGAGGUCCCCAUCGACGCCAAUGCGGGGUACAAGAACGACCACUGGACCAACAGGGAUCUAAUCCCUAUGCCCGUAGAGCGGCGGACGUAUGCCAUCUGGUCGUACUUCAUCUAUUGGUGUAUCAGUGGCUUGUGCAUCUCAGCGUACACCACGGGUAGCACGAUGCUCUCCUACGGCUUGACUGCUCAGCAAGCGAUCGUCGCUCUCGUGAUCGGCGCGUUGUGUACAGGCUUCUUGUCCAUAUCCUGCGGUUGGAUGGGAGAGAGACACCACAUAGGCUUCACCGUCGCCUCCAGGUUCACUUGGGGAAUGAGAGGAGCCUACUUUCCCAUCAUCAUCCGUUCUUUCACGACUAUCUUCUGGGAUGGGCUACAAGCAUAUUGGGGAGGUCAAGGUACGUUGGUGGUCAUCGGGGCUAUCAUUCCAGGGUUCGCUCACAUGAAGCAAACCUUGGCCGGUGGAAUCCUGCUCACGAAGGACUUCGUUGGGAUGAUCAUAUAUUAUAUCUUCUUCAUCACGAUCAUGCGCAUUCCUCCCGAGAGGCUUCAAAAGCCGUUCAUUGUCUCGUCGAUCAUGUUCGGUGGCACCCUCUUGGGCCUCCUUAUUUGGGCUGUGUCUAACGUCCACGGACCUGGACCAUUGUUCAAGGAACCGGGAGCGCCGGCAAACGGUAGCAUAGGCUGGGCAAUGAUGUUCGGCAUUACCGCUAUCUUAGGAUCAUGGGGCGGAGGAACACUCGGUCAGAGCGACUGGACGCGUUAUGCCAACCGGCCUUAUGCGCCGACACUCUCACAGAUGGUCGCUGCACCAUGCACAAUCAUUGUAUGCGCCACCAUUGGUAUCAUCGUGACGUCCUGCGCACAGCAGAUUAUCGGCGAGCUUGUCUGGGAACCGUUCCAGUUGUUGAGCGCGCUCCAGGAUCACUACAACAAUUCCCCACGAGCUCGUUGUGGAAUUUUCUUUGCAGGUCUUGGUUGUGUAUGCGCACAGCUCGGCAUCAGUAUCGUCCUCAAUUCCGUCAGUGCAGGAAUGGAUUUGGCUGGUCUCAUGCCGCGCUACAUGAACAUCAGGAGGGGUGCUUACUUCCUGGCUGUUCUUGGUCUGGCUUCAAACCCAUGGCAGUAUCUCUCCAAUGCCGCGACCUUCCUCACUGUUCUCUCAGGCUUUGGAAUCUUCCUGGCUCCGUUCACUGGCGUCAUGCUCGCUGACUACCUGGUCGUGCGACGCUGCGUCAUCAAGCUCGAGGACUGCUAUAUAGGCAAUAGUAGCUCGAUUUACUGGUACUGGCACGGCUUCCACUGGCGCGCACUAGUCGCUUGGGUGAUUGGUGUCUUCCCUACCAUGCCAGGAUUGAUUAUGACCGUGAAUGACCCUGCUGCUUACAACGGCUGGGUCAGGACUUUCCACAUAACGUUCUUCGUCGGACUUUCCGUGUCGUUCGCCGCGUUCUGGCUUAUAUGCACCAUCUCUAAGCCAGUCGGGCUUGGAAUUGGCACCAACUACCAUGACGAGAGUAUGUUCAAGCCUACUGAUGAUUCCGCAUCGGACAAAGUCAGUACUAUUGAGAAGGACGAGGGUGCAAACGUCACGGUGUCGGAUGUCUAGAUUCAAAGUUAGACUAUUUAAGCUAUAGCUGCGCUGCAUUCUCCCAUUGUAUCAUUGGUAGCACCUCUUGUGCGACCUGACUGUAUGCUUUGCCUCUGAUAUGCGCGCAUGACAAAAUUGACGACCACGACUGUUUUAUCUAAGAUUAUAGCACCAGUCGUUCUUGUUUGCUCUUGC